AUGCAAACAGGAAAUGUAAAUAUCGACAGACUAGCAGAUAUGGGAUCCUCUGAAGCCAGUACACGUCGACGAGUUAAGUUAUAUAUGCUGAAUGAUGAACGGCAGUGGGAUGACAAAGGUACCGGUCAUGUAUCUGCCUUGUACACUGAACAGGACAAUAUGGCGCUUGUAGUAAUUUCAGAAACAGACGGAUCUUAUCUACUUGAAUCGAAAAUACUACCAGAUACAGCGUAUCAAAAGCAACAAGAAACGCUAAUAGUUUGGUCAGAAGGUGAAAAUAUGGAUUUGGCUUUAUCUUUUCAAGAAAAAGUUGGAUGCGAUGAUGUAUGGGAGAAGAUUUGUGCUGUUCAAGGGAAAGAUCCAUCAGUAGAGAUUACUCAGGAAGUUAUCGAUGAAUCAGAUGAUGUCGAUGACACAGAUGGAUAUACACCUUCCAUGAUGCAAAGCAUUCAGCCUCUUAGUCUCCCUCCUUGUGAAUUGAGUCGUCUUGAAGAAAUUGUUGAUGUGAUUAGUCAAGCUGUUGCAUCACCUCCAAAACGCGAGAGGUUAGUCGCUUUUUUGGAGUCAACAAAUUAUCUACACCAGUUAGUUGAUGUUUUUCAUAAAGCAGAAGACUUAGAAGACAUAGAAUCCCUACAUCAUCUUUACGAAAUCAUGCGACAAUUUAUACUGGUGAAUAAACACAGUCUAUAUGAAAACUUAUUUGCUGAUGAUAUGUUAAUGGAUGUAAUUGGUAUACUGGAAUAUAAUCCUUCUGGACGUACUAAACAUCGUGAUUUCCUUAAGAAUAAAGCUACUUUCAAGGAAGUAUUACCGUUACAUAAUGCAGAUUUGGUGACAAAAAUACAUCAAACCUAUCGUGUUCAGUAUAUACAAGAUUGUUGUCUACCACCUCCUUGUUUAUUCGAUGAACAUACUCUCUCCCAACUUAAAGCGUUUGUUUCUAUAAAUAAAAUGGAGAUUAUACGAGCUCUUCAAGAAGACGAGGAAUUUAUGUGCCGACUUUUUACACGUUUAAAGGCAGCAGACACAGAUCUAAUCCAUCGGAAAGAUUUAUCACUUUUUGUAAAAGAAUUCUGUAAUAUUUCAAUUCAAACUGAUCAAAAAGAAAGUUUUCUUAGUUGCUUACUUCAACAUGGAGCAUUGAGAACAGCUGAAGUAUUACUUGCGAUUGAUGAUCGUGAUAUUCGAUCAGCUGCUCUAGAAAUUCUACAGGCAUUUAUCGAGCAUCAACCUUCUGUUGUUCGUGAAUAUGUAUUCAGAGAAACUGCUCCUUUUCGUAAGGAUGAAGAAUUACUCAUCAAUUUAAUGAUAAACCAACUGCUAACUGAUCCAGAUCCAGAACUCAGUGAUGCUUUCCUUCUGGGAUACAUGCUACGCAUUCUUAUCGACCCUGAUAAUAUGAAUAAUUCUGGUGUGCGUAGUGAAAAAACAGAUUUCCUCAGUUUCUUCUACAAACGAUGCAUCAAUACACUAGUCCGACCGCUAUUUGAUAAUACAGCAAAAGAUGUCCUGGAAAAGGAUGAUUAUCAUACUGCACUGGUAUUGAAUCAUAUCAUUGAAUUGCUCACCUUCUGUAUUGAAACGCAUACAUAUCAUAUGAAGAAUUAUUGCUUUAAUCGGGAUCUUUUAAAGCGUGUACUUGUUCUAUUACAGUCUUCGCAUAAAUUUCUUGUAUUAGCCGCUUUACGUCUUCUACGACGUGUUGUUCAUAUGAAAGAGGAAUUCUACAAUCGUUAUUUAAUUAAAAAUAAUCUUUUUAAACCUGUUCUCAAAUUAUUUGUAUCCAAUGGAUAUCGUUAUAAUCUAUUGGAUUCAGCUAUCAUUGAAUUGUUUGAUUAUAUACGCGCGGAAGAAAUCACUUCAUUGAUAACGCAUAUUGUGGAGAAUUAUUGGGAUAUAUUAAAGAAUAUCAAUUAUGUACAGACAUUUACAGAUCUUAAACGAACCUAUGAUCAUAGUCAUCGGUCAGUAAGACCUGUUGUUGGAACUGUUAAUCAACAAGCCACUCUGGAUGUCCUGUCACUAGCUUCUACUCGUUUUCAACGGGAUCCACGUACACUAGAAAUUGAAGAAGAACAAUGGUUUGAUCAAGAUGAAGAGGAAGAAGACGAUGAUGAUGACCGCGAUAAUCUCUUCCCUCAACAAUCAUCAACACUACUGAGCAGUAGUAGUAGUGGUAGUAGAACAACAAAUUCUUCAACGGCUUCAACGACUGUUGCAAAUGGUUGUUUAUCAAAUUUAUCCUCAUAUGGAUUACAACAACAUUCUGUUAUGAAUACUUCUGCUAAUACAACAACGAUAACAACUACAACUAGCAGUAGCAGUACUACUUCAUCGGAUUUAUUAGGAAUUGUUACAUCAAUAGAUACAUCACCGUCUGGUUUCGGUUCUUUAUCAUCCUCCACAUCACCAUCCUCAUCCUCCUCACCAUCAUCAGUUGUAUCGAGUAAUUCUAGUCUUGAUUCAUGUGCUAGUGUAUUGCCUCCUCAUUCAUCGAAUUUUUCAUCAAAAUCUAAUAAUAAUAUUAUGGAUACUAUAAGUGAUAAUUUAUGUCUAUCAUCACGUACAACAUCCUUAUGUGAACGACUUCGUUUACGUACUACUCAUACUACUCACACUACUACUACUAAUAGUGUUCUCCUAAAUGAUGAUAAUGAAUCUUCUCCUAUUAUCACAACACGUCUUAAUUUUACACGUCAUAAUCCUAUAGCAAUACAUAUUAAAUCAUCUUCAUUAUGCAAUAGUAGGGAUCAAACUGCUGAUGAUUCAUUUGAUGAAAUAAACAAUAGUAAUAGUCGACUGUCAGCUACAGAUUCAACUACUAAAGAUGCGAAUCAUAUAUCAGAUACUACAGAAUGCAAAGAAAAUGUAACCUAUUCAACAACAACAUCAUCAUCAUCAUCGCCGUCAAAUUCAUCUGUAGUCGUUGUAACCAAUUCUCUUGUUGUCAAUGAUACAUCUCCAAAAAUUAAACGUAAUCAUAUUGAUUCACAAAUUGGCGGCGGUAGUGGUGAUGAUGAUUUUGGUGAUAACGAUGAUGAGGAAUGCAGUCCAGUGGUUCAAGUGAAACGUGUAAAAAAAUCGAAACAAACAAUUAGUAAAACAACAUUGCAUAAUUUUAAUCAACACAACGAUACAACAACAUCAACAAAAACAGUUAACACAGAAGACAGUUAUUCUAAUGAAUCUAAUGAGGUUGUUAUAGACACUGAUCCAUUAUCUCCUAUCGGUUUAGUGGAUUAUUCAGAUGAAGAAAGUGAAGAUGAAGAUCAAAUCAAAGAGAAAAAAGAUCUCAGUCAAUCUGAAGAUGAUAAUCAAGUAUCAGAGAAAACUGUCGAUGAAACUUAUCACAAUGCAUCAGAUGUUUCAUCUAGUCAAAUUGUGACAGAUGUU